AUGGCGGCUGUCAUGAGAAGCGGGUUGGUAACAUUGAUCAAGGGUGUGAGUGGCGUUCAUUGGCAGCAGCUUGCCACUCGACCACUGAGCACAUCUGCUGUUCACUUAAGUUCAGAAGUGCCACCCGCUCGUGCUGAUGCAACAUUUAAGGUCACGAUGGUUCCAGGAGAUGGUGUUGGACCUGAGCUGAUGUCUGCUGUCAAGGAUGUGUUCAAAGCAGGAGAUGUCCCUGUGGAAUUUGAAGAGUUCCACUUGAGUGAAGUACAGAACAUGGCCAGCGAGGAGAAGCUGGACCAAGUGUUGACCUCUAUGAAGAGCAACAGAGUCGCAAUUAAAGGAAAGAUCCACACACCCAUGGAGUUCAAAGGUGAAUUGGCUUCAUAUGAGAUGAGACUGAGGCGUAAAUUGGACCUUUUUGCCAAUGUGGUUCAUGUGAAUAGUCUGCCAGGCUAUACCACGCGCCACAACAAUCUGGACCUGGUUAUCAUCCGAGAACAGACUGAGGGAGAGUACAGCUCCUUGGAGCAUGAGAGUGUGACAGGUGUGGUUGAAUGUCUGAAAAUCAUAACCAGAGAGAAGUCGAGGCGUAUUGCCAAGUUUGCCUUCGAUUAUGCUACAAAGAAAGGACGAAGCAAGGUCACUGCUGUUCACAAGGCCAAUAUCAUGAAGUUAGGUGAUGGCCUUUUUCUGCAGAGCUGCGCAGAAGUGGCGCAGCUUUAUCCAAAAGUAAAAUAUGAGAACAUAAUCAUCGAUAACUGUUGCAUGCAGUUAGUCCAGAACCCAUACCAAUUUGAUGUGCUGGUAAUGCCGAAUCUGUAUGGUAACAUUAUUGAUAACCUGGCAGCAGGACUGGUGGGAGGGGCAGGUGUUGUGCCUGGUGAAAGCUACAGUGCAGAAUAUGCCGUAUUUGAGACGGGUGCACGCCAUCCCUUUGCCCAAGCAGUAGGCAGGAACAUUGCCAACCCCACUGCCAUGUUGCUGAGUGCUGCCAACAUGCUCCGACACCUCAACCUGGAUUAUCACUCCCAAAUGGUGUCGGAUGCUGUCAAAAAGGUCAUCAAACAGGGGAAGGUACGGACACGAGACCUUGGCGGUUACAGUACCACGGGCGACUUUGUGCGUGCUGUUCUGGAAAGCCUGCGAUACCGACCUAUUUAG